AUGGAAGACCGUCUAAUGGGCCUCCGUUCAAUAUUUCACGGACCUGUUCUGUUCCCUAACGCACUCAUGAACUCAGGCACUAUGAUCCCGCCACAUAUCGCUGCCGCUGUUGCGCUUUCAAUGAACCAUCGCAUGGCACAAACAAGCACACCUCCUUUCGAUCCAACGACGAUAUCCGUUUCUUCUUUCCCAACUUUGUCGUGUGAGUCACCUUCAGUUGGUUCGUCUCCAACAAUGAGUUGUGCCGUCUGUGGUGAUGUCAGCAGCGGGAAACACUACGGGAUCUUGGCCUGCAAUGGUUGUUCGGGUUUUUUCAAGAGAUCUGUACGGCGACGGCUUAUCUACAGGUGUCAUGCUGGAACGGGAAGUUGUGUUGUGGACAAAGCUCAUCGGAAUCAGUGCCAAGCAUGUCGAUUGAAAAAGUGUCUCAGUAAAGGAAUGAACAAAGACGCUGUGCAGAAUGAACGACAACCACGAAACACGGCCACCAUACGUCCAACAGUUGACAUGGAUCCCCAUAACUUUCUAAGAGAGUAUGCCGGAGCGGUGUCAGCGGUGUUGCCACAGUCAGAGUUACCACCACGGGAAGAAUCGCCUCUGAGUGCUACGAGUGAAGGAAGGGCGGAGGACGAAAAGAAAGACGUCUUCCCAGAUUCCCCUGCAAGGGUGCUCGAGCUCUCACUGCUGUGGACUCAAGCCGUUCCUUCAUUUCGCUCUCUGAGUGAAUCUGAAAAGUCUCACCUUCUUAACGCCAACUGGCGCUUGCUAUUUCUGCUAUCGUUGGCAGAAUGGUCUCAAACGUCAUUACUUGAUGGACUUAACUAUGAACCCGAUGUCAAGGCCGCUUUGAACUGCGUGAGAUCGCUUGAUUUAGACAGAACAGAGUACUCUUGUCUGAAAGCAGUUGCACUGUUCCUGAAUGAGUUGUCCGCAAAUGGUCUAUUUGACAUGCAUUUGGAGCAAUCACUGACGGUUCUAAACCAGCACACAAUUCAAAAUCAUCCCACGUCAAGCAGAUGUGGAAGACUGCUGCUGGCACUGGGCCAACUUCGCAGCAUACCACCAUCCUCUGUUGACCAGAUACUCAGUUCUGAAGGAGGAUACUUCAAGAUUUUAUCACGUUAUCUUUCGUGA